AAAUAGUUGAACCUAUUGUAGAUUAGUAGGGUUACAACUGCUAAUCCCAAAUCUUCAAAUGUGGAGGGUUUCCUUACGCAUGUGAGUAUGUACACUCUUCUGAUUUUAGUAAAACUUAAUUAGCACUGCAGCCCAGUUACUGUUUAGUUAAUUGAACAUGAGUACUGAGCUCCAGUUCUGGCCUGGGCCCUGCUAAUGACCCUGAGCAAGCCUUAUAACUUGUGGAUUCCUUAUUGGCACUAGUAGAAUUAACUAGGUUGAGCUGGGCUGUGCUUAUCAGACUUGUUGGAAGCAAACCGGCUUUGAAGUUAUCAAAAAAGAAAAAAGAUUUAAAAAAUUAUAUUCCACCAUCGUAUAGCCUUCUAAAAUUUAAUAUAAAGAUUGCAUUUUAAAUUGGUUACCACCAUGUAACAUUGAUGCUCCCAGAAGAUGGAUCAUGUUUAUCCUGGAGUUUUAAGUAUUCCCUGACCCACUGCUUCAUGCCUUUGGGGCUACUUGUGUCUCAGUUUAAGAAGUAUGGGACCCAGAGGAGCUCUCAGGUCUCUUGCAGCUCCAGUGUGCUGUAAUACUUGAAAUAAACUCUAGGUACUUUAAAAAAAUCAUAAAUCCAUAUCAGAAAAAAAAAUGAUUUGACUUUUCCCUAAAAAUUCAGUGUUGUAAUUCUUUUGUAUGUAAAAGAUGUUUCAUCAGAAACUGCACGCAAUUUAAGAGCUGAAUUGCAAAGUUAGAAAAACCUUUUGUAGAUGUCAUCUUUGUUGCUCUCAAUCUUUCUUUGCUGCAAUUCUGCUUUUUUCUUUCCUGGCUGCUAAUUGGAUUAGAGGCUGUUUUGCCAACCAUGGCAUCUGGAGAUGACAGUCCUGUCUUUGAAGAUUAUGAAAGCUCUCCUUAUAGCCUAGAAAAAAUGACAGACCUCGUAGCCGUUUGGGAUGUUGCUUUAAGUGACGGAGUCCACAAGAUUGAAUUUGAACAUGGGACCACAUCAGGCAAACGUGUGGUAUAUGUAGAUGGAAAGGAAGAGAUAAGAAAAGAGUGGAUGUUCAAAUUAGUAGGCAAGGAAACCUUCUGUGUUGGAGCUGCAAAGACAAAAGCAACCAUAAACAUAGAUGCUGUCAGUGGUUUUGCUUAUGAGUACACCUUGGAAAUUAAUGGGAAAAGUCUCAAGAAGUAUAUGGAGAACAGAUCAAAAACUACCAAUACUUGGGUAUUACACUUGGAUGAUGAGGACUUUAGAGUUGUGUUGGAAAAAGACACUAUGGAUGUAUGGUGCAAUGGUAAAAAAAUGGAGACUGCACAUGGUGAAGACAAAAAAAGGAAGAAGCAAAUGUCUUUAGACCAGACUGCAUCAGGUGCAUCCUCAGCCCAUGUUUAAAGAAAGACUCAGAGUUGCAUACCAAUGUCUGAUAGAAGCACCAGUAUCAGACCUUUUGUGACUGAAUCAGGCCUGUCACCUCCCUUGACAUCUUCACCGAGUCCAAUCCAAACAUCUCACAGAGACCAGCCAGGUCAGUACAUUAAAUGAUUAAGGGUCUGUACAUUAAGGGAUUGAAUGUCUUUCAAGGCAGAAUAUAGGUUAAUAAUAGAGGCUUGUAUUUGGGUAUUUCACAUUCAUUAUCACAUGCUGAGAGCCCUGGUGGCACAGUUAGCUGGUUAGCUCAGGCUGCUAACCAAAAGGUUGGCCAGUUUGAAUCCACCAGCUGCUCCUUGGAAAUCCAAUGGGGCAGUUCUGCUUUGUCCAUAGUGUCCCUCUGAGUUGGAAUCGACUCAACAACAAUGGGUUCUGGGCCAGGCAGGCAACACGCUUGGUGACAGAGUUAGCAUAUUAAAAAGGCUUUGUCUACUUGCUUCCUCUAACAUCUUUUUUAUCUUAAAAUCUUCACAACUGGCAGGUCAGCAUAUUACCUUCACAAAAAUCAUCCACCUGGUCUCCCCACUGCACUCCCCAGCUAUGCUGGAAGACUAGGAGAUGACUGAGAAGGAUUCUCUGAGGGCUAUUAAACUCUCAUUUGGGUUUGCUUUUAAGUAUUUAGGUAUUGUGGUUUGUUUUCAUUUUUCUUGACUAAAUAGCUUGUGUUAAUGGCCAUAUAUUAUCUAGUACAAAAAUGUAUUGUGCCAUGUCCAAAAGCAGAGCAAUUAUUCUAGGCAUUUUAUUUUGAACUUAGUUAUUAGAGGUCAAAACCUGUGCUUUUCAGUGGAUAUCAUCUACCUUAGCAGUCAGUUGGAGGUAUAGUUUGAUUCAAUCUUUGUGGAGACAAGAUUUUGAGAAUGCAGUUUUGCCUUUAAGUUGGUGAACCCAUGUUGUGAUGUUUAUUUUGAAGCAGCAUAAUAUUGUGGAAAGAAUACAGACUGGGUUUGAAGUUUGGCACAGCAGAUGAACUUCUUGAGCCUCAGUUUCCUCAUCUAAAAAAGUGAGGCUAUUAUUUGUUUUGUUCCUUGUUUAAUGAGGUAUUUCAGAUGUAAAAUAGGAAAUAGUUGUAUUAUUAACCUAUUACCCAGUUUAAUAACUGAAGCAUUAUCAACACAACUGUAGCUCCAUGUACCCUUGGUGUUUAUCAUUCCCAGGCAAGUCUGUAUUUAUCCCUAAACAAUGUUAUUAUUACCCAGUUUUAAGUAGUAUAUUGUAUCCUUCCUGCAACUUGCUUUUUUCUCCCUCAACAUUGUUUUUGAGAUUUAAUUCAGGUUGCUGUGUGUAACUCCAGUUCCUUUAAUUUUUGCAUUGAACCAUAUAAAUUCAGCCAUCUAUACUCAUACGUUGUUUUCAGGUGAUCAUUAAUACUAUCAGGGCUCUAAGGAGCAUCCUUGUGGGAGUUUCUCUCUGGCCUUGCUACUUCAGUGUGCUCCCUGGACCAGCAGCAGUGACAUCACCUGGAAGCUUGUUAGAAAUGCGGAAUCUCAGGCCCCACCCCAGACCUACUGAAUCUGUUAACAAGAUCCCAUGGUGAUUUGUCUGUACAUCAAAGUUUAAGAAAAACUGCUCUAGGUAUACUCAGAGGUGGAAUCGCUUAAUCAAAGGAUAGGUGCAUCUUCAAUAUUAUUAAAUAUUUGCCAGAUUACUCUCAAGGGUGGUUGUACUGUUGUAUACUUUGACAAACAGUAGAGUUUUCUUUUCCUCACAUCUUCACCAACACUUGAUAUAAUCAGGCUUUUUUUCUCAAUAUGAUGAAUUAAAAAAAUAAUGGUCUCAUUUUUAUUUUCUCUGAUUACUAGUGAGGUUGAGUAUCUUACUUCUUCAUUGGCCAUUCAGCUUUCUUUUUCUGAGAACUGUCGUCUUUUCAUUUCUUUUGCCUAUUUUUCUGCUGAGUUGUCUGACAUUUUCUAGUAGAUUUUUUUUUUAACAUAUAUUCUAGAACUAAUCCUUUGUAGCUUUUCCCUUAUAGCAGUACAAAAUAUGCAAUAGAUCAAGUCUCCCUGUCAUCCCUUCAGUUUAACAUGCAGCAUCUAUUUCCUCUAAUGAGCUCUGAGGAGGCAAGGACCACAAACUGCUGUAUCCCCCAGGACCAAGCACAUUCUUCACAAAUGGUAGGCAAACCGAAAACCAAACCCGUUGCCAUCGAGUUGAUUCCGACUCAUAGCGACCCUAUAGGACAUAGCAGAACUGCCCCAUAGGGUUUCUAAGGAGUGCCUGGUGGAUUCAAACUGCCGACCUUUUGAUUAGCAGCCUUAGCUCUUAACCAGAUGCUAGGCAGUGGGAUUCAUAUUACUGCAGCUCAGAGGACAGGUCUGGGCUGGAGAUAUACAUGUAGAAUCAGCAUAUGUGGAACAUACCGGGUAUUUAAAGCAAUGGGAAUGGCAAAGAUCAACUAGGAAGCUUGUAGAGAAGAGAGUCUAAAAUUAAGCCCUGAAGAGCUACAGUAUUUGAGACUGGCAAAGGACAAGGGAAACCUUCUUAAGUCAAGAAAUCCUGAAGCUAUAAAACAAAGACAGAUUCAACUAUAUCUAAAAUUUUAAAACUGUUGCAUGGCAAAAAAUACUAUAAACAGAGCCAAUAUAUAAACAAUAGAUUUGGGGGAAGUGUUUGUAAUGUAGAUGACAAGGUUCAACAAAUACAAUACAUAAAGAGAUAAAUUGGUAAGUCAGACUAAUUGCAGACUGGACAAAGGAUAUGAAUAGGCUAGGUACAGAAAAAGAAAUUUAGAUAGCCAAAAAAUGUAUUUUUUAAAUGCUCAAUGUUAGGGAAAUUAUUGUAACAAUGAGAUCAGAAAAAAUUAAAGAGAGUCAUUGAUAUAUUCAUGUCUGAGAUGCAGAAGAAAGGGUAUCCUCUUACACUUCGAUGAUGAAAAUAAGCAUUACAAAUUCUUAGAAAAACAAUCUACAGCAUUUAUUGAAUUAAAAAUUCUAUCUCAGUUCAAAGACAGGCCAAAACAAGUAUGUAUAGUUUUAGAAGCCCAUAUAAAUGCUCACUUUAGGGGGGAGCUAGUGAGUGGGAGUGGAACAACAGGAAUUUCUGGGAAGAUGGUAAUUUUUUUAUUUUUUGAUUUGGGCGCUGUUACAAAGAUGUAAGCAAAGAUUUCACUUUGUGAAAGUUAAGCUGUAUGCCAAUACAAUUUUGGACCUAUAUAUAUAUAUAAUGUGGGUAUAUGUUAAAUUUCAAUAUUUUGAAAUGUACUUAAAGUUUUUUAAACACACCACACACACAUACUCUUCUCUUGGGACUCUAUCCCAUAUAAAUAAAGCCAACAGUAUUAAAGGGUAUAUGUACAAGGAUGUUUAUUGCAGCAUUGUUCACAGUGGAAAAAGAACCUAGAAAUUGCAAAUGCCCAUCUACAGAGAAGUGACUGAAUAAAUUAUUAUACAGCCAUUCAGAUGAAGGAAUUGGAGAGCUCUUCAUGAGGUAUUUUUGAGUGAGACAAAAUCAAAUUGCAGAAGAGUGGGUAUAAUAUAAUCUGAGAUUGUAAAACAAACCAAAAAAAUGACAAAAUACCCUAUAUAAUGUGUGUAUAUGAUUAUACAAGCAUUGAGAGAGAUGGAAAUUUACAAAAAGAUUAACUACUAGUGGGAAAGGGGAGUGAGGCUGAUGGAGGGAGAAGUAACCAAAGUUCAAGAGAAAGUAAGAUUCCACUUUAAAAAAAUAAACACUUAUAAUCACAUUUAUGCAUAUAUAUAAAAUUCUAUAUUGAAAAUUUACAAAGAAAAAAAUAUUAUUAGAGGAGAAAGUAAAACAGACUGAGGAAUCUUUUGAGAUGAUAGUAAAAAAUCCUAAGAUGUAGAAGGCAAGACAAGAAACUGCAAAAUAGGAGUAGUCAUCUAUGUAGAAUUGCUGCUGAGAGGAUGAGAAGCAUGAGAACUGAAAAAUGCCCAUUAGAUUUGGCAACAUGGAGGAUUUUUUUUUUUUUUUUUUUUGGUGACAUUA